AUGCCGCCCAGGGAUUUCGGUUGGCUCUUGGACCUCUCCAAUGCGAGCUGCGACGGUUUUCCGCCGGGAAAAACGCCGGGGUUCAUCCUGACCAGUGGCAGCUUCCCGGACGACUACCUGGGCUGUGCCUGUGAGUGUCAGACCUGCCAGCAGAAUCAGGAAAGCAGUUGUCACGUGAAUUUCAGCUUUACCUUCAGUCUGCCCAUCCGACGUCUGCAAUUCGUCUGUGAGAACUGCUGGGAAUUGCAAAUCAACUGGACGAAUGGUCAGAAGCUCGUUCAGUUAGAUGAACUCGAGUAUGGGACAGUUCCACGAGUCCACAUCAAAGGCCGCGAGCUGCGCCACAUCAGCGCCGCUGGCGUUUUUCCCCUGGCAAUCAGCGCUUUGCGCUACGACUUCGGAUAUGAGGACUGCAACCGAACGGAGCCCAGCAACAGCGUCGCUGCGGAGAUCUGUGAGGAUUUCUUCCAGGAGGGGGAGUGCAGCUCCUUCAUCAGCGACUUAGACCAUGACAUGCAAAUUGCAGACCUUUGUCCCGUGUCCUGCGGUCUGUGUCCGGGCAGUGACAACCGAACUUGGACCAGCACCACCACAAGCAGCACCCAGAGCAGCAGCACCAGCAACAGCAGCACCAGCAGCACCGUCACGAGUGGCACCAUCACAUCGAGCAGCAGCGUCUCCAAUACGACGACAACUCUCAGCACUGCUGCAAGUGCCACCUCCAUCAGUACGACUGCAACUAGCACCAGGUCCAUCACUUCAGUGGUCCAGACCACUGCAUUUGUGACCAGCUUUACCACAACCGUCACCAGCAGCAGCACCACCAGCCCCAGCAGCACCAGCGGCACCACUAUCACAACCAUCGCCACCGCAACUGUCACCACGGUAACGACAGAGACCGCCACGACCACAGCCACGCGAACGGAGAUGGACAUGACCAACGCAUCCAUGGACGAAGUAAUCGACGAUAUCAUCUCGGAGAUGUUGACGAACAUGGACACACAGGUGAUUCGCGAGUCGGAGACGGCCAUGAUCAUGGCACAGCAACUGGUGGCGCCCGUAUCAGCGCUGGGCGCUGAUGACACCGCGGUCUAUCUGCCAGUGGAGUGGCAGGGAAUGAGUGGCUUGGGCCGAAGCCGGCCGAAGCUGAGGAAAUUGCGAGCAGCCGGUGGCUCCCUCACCGUGGUGGUCGCCGCCCUCAAGAGUGCCACCCCCGGCGCCGCGCCGGAGGCCGCGCCGCUGGGGAGCACGAGCGACGGCGGCGAAGAAACGGCGACGUUUUCGCCCAUGGCGCGAGUGGCGGUGUAUGGCAGCGAUGGAGCACCACUGGUGAUCCGCGACUUGGAAGACCCGGUGCUGAUCACCUUGAGACCUUCGACCGCGACCUCUGGGCCUUUGGAGACCUGGACUUGCGUCUUUUGGAACGAGACGGAGAAGCAAUGGUCCACAGAAGGCGUGGUCCGCAUGGAGGGCCCUCCGGAGGAGCUGAUCUGCGCCACGACGCAUCUGACGCUCUUCAGCGCCAUCCUGCGGCAGCUCGAGUGUCUCAACGUGCAGGUCUUUUCCUCGGCCAGUUUCCAGAUGGCUGGCUCCCGGCCAUGGCACAUCUCCGCAGCAGCCAUUCUCUUCUGGAUCCUGCUGAGUGGUUGGUUGCUCCUGCUGAAUUUAGCAUGGCAGGGGAGCACCCUGGCCAGCCACAUGGCUUGGAAGGACGAGAAUUUCGUAUUGAAAGUGCCAUCAACUCACCAACGGCCUACUUGUUGCCACUACUGCCAGGGGAUCGGUCAAGGUCUUCGCGACCUGUGCUGCGCGCCACUUCGAAGCGUCCAGACGUUCACCUCCUCCGCUCGGAGCACGGACUGGGACGAGGCCUUGGCCUUGUAUGUGGGCUUGCUGGGCGUGCACUGCUUGUUGGCGCUCCGCAGCGGUACCUCUGUGACCAUGCUGCGAAGGCAUCUUAUCAACAGGGAUGGAUGGAUCCACUAUGACAUGGCAUCCACUUCGUCAGCUGAAGUCAAAGCUUUGCUGCAGGAGUUGGGUGCUCAGGACGAGGUGGAUCUUUUGUUGACAGAUCAGACGGUGGUGAUAGCACAUGGAAUGAGGCCGGCAGAAGACAUGUUCAGAUGCGUUGAGCUUUGUGCAGGUGUGCCAGUGAUUCAUGGAGACAUCUCUGACCCGUCCGUCAUCAAAGAGGUCGUGCAGCGUGUUGAGCCUCCGUUCACAAUGAUGACAGGUUUUUCGUGCCAGCCCUACUCCUCAGGUGGUGCUCAAGGCGGGUCCAGUGAUGACAGAUCAUCGACAGUGCCAGCCACCAUCCGUGCCUGCCACCUGUGCCAAUGCCCGUUGCUCAUCUUGGAAUGUGUGACACAGGCCAGGUCCAACCAGUUUGUGCGCUCAUGCCUCCAGGUUCUGACUGAUCAACUUGGUUACCACCUCUGUGAAGUGUCGUUGAAGCUUGAGGACAACUGGUGUGCCAAGCGGUUUCGUUGGUGGGUGGUUGCGUCGCAUCCUGCACUUGGGUCCCUGUCUGUCCCUGCUUGGCCGAAGAAUCCUAGUCUGUGCAUCCGUGAUGUCAUGCCCUUUGUCCGCACUUGGUCCCCAGAAGCAAUGCAGGAGUUGAUGUUGACUGCACAUGAACAGAAGGUCUUCACGCUUGAUGGAUCCUCACUCAGAAAGUAUCACAUGCAGAUGGAUGGAAAGCUGCCCACCAGUUUGCACUCAGCGGGCAGCCAAGCUGAUGCCUGCCCUUGUGGCUGCCGUCAGGCGUUUAGUGAAACCCUGAUCAAGCAACGUGGUGUGUAUGCACAGCUGAUUCAGGUGACAUCGGAGUCUGCACCCACCUUCAGGCAUCUGCACCCUUGUGAGUUUGCCAUUUUGAAUGCGAUGCCACCUCCGCCUGCACUCUUGAUGGGUGAGAUUGCCAACUUGCGUCUGUGUCUUGGAGCCAUCGGUCAACUUGCCUCACCGUUGCAGUCGGUCUGGGUUGGAGCUUGUGUGAUGCAGCAGGUGCGCAAAAGAUUGGACUUUGAUCCCAUCAAUCCUGUCGAAAUUCUCAACAAUUUCAAGGGAAUGCUGUUUGCCUGUGCCAAGGAGUUGUUCCCCAAUGUCCCUAUCAGUCCACCGGCGCUUGCAUGGACGGUUUUGACAUAUCCUGAUGGCACCAGCACCCGGGUUCAGGUUCAAGCCUCCACCACGGCCAUUGAACUUUUCCAGGCUGAAUUUGCCUUGACCAAUGAGGCUCCGGCUGAUCAAUGGAUUGACACUGCAACCGGCCAGACUUUGGACUUUUACAGCUUGGUUGCUGGCAAACAGAUCCUUGUUAACCGACCAGGAUCGACUUGCAGGGGCACCCAUGACGGUCAUGUGCCAUCCAGUGGGAGUGCUAGCCAAGUGCCUUUGGACUUUUCUGCUUCGAUUCCUUUGGACUUUGACCCGCCUUCCACGGCUUUGGACUUAGCCGAUGACCAAUCUGAGCAGCCCGAGGAUGAACCGAUGCCACCAGAAGCUGCCAGCUCCUUUGCCAGCAGUGCCACUGGGCAUGAUGCAAUUUCUGCAGAUGCCGCUCCACCACCAGGUCAGUCCAUGGAUACCCUCUUUGGAUUUCACAGCCUUUCAGGAGCUCAACUUGCUGCUCUGGUGCCGCCUCUGGUGCCAGACCUUCGAUCCUGUAAGAUGUUCCGCCAGGCCACUGUGCACAGUCCUUCUCGUUUGCGUGUGCUUGAGAAUCAGGGUAGUGCUAUGGGUGAUGACGAGCUUACCCUGCAUUUCUAUGCCUGUUUGUGCUUGUCUGGCCGCAAAGAAGUGCAGUUUCUGGACCCUUUGCUUGCGUUGGGAUGGCUCAAAUGCGGAACCGUGGACUCAGUCUCUGAAUGGAUUCAGCAGCACCCAGAUAUGACCAGCAUCCUGACGGCUCUCCCGGUCAAUGAUCAUUGGAUGCCAAUCAUGUGGUCUUUGGGCAUGAGUGAAGUGCGUGUGUCCAUGUGGGAGCAUGUUGAUGUUGAGAUUGAGGAGUUGAGUGCUUUGCAUGGAUUGGUCAGUACAGACCUUCCCUCUUCCGAGCCGGAGUUGAUUGAAUUGCAUGCUGACCUCAAAGCAAGCUUUGUCGAAGCUUCCCGUGCUGAACUGUUCUCUCGCAAGCCUUGGUGCUGGGGUCUUGGAGUUCCUGAUGUCAUUGUCCUCACUGGUGAAUUGCUGAAAUCACAUGGAGUCCCGGAGUCUCAAGCUGUCCUACGUGCCAAGCUGGUCGUCCAAGCCUUGGGCAAAACAGAGGUUCAAAGAGCCAUCACAGGGACUGCCCCAUGGCGUUCGUUGAAAGCACUUGCCAACAUGCAAAGCCCUCCUCUGCAAAUGGUCUUGCCUGACGAGCAGCAGCAGCACAACCAAGGCAAACCUGCCAGCAAACCCAAGAGCAAGGCAGCUGCGAAGAAGCUUGUACCUGCCAAGCCAGCCGAUCUGGACCCCUCCAAACUGUUGAUUGAGCAUGGUGCUUUCUGUGUCAAUCUUGAUGAACCGCUCAGUCAGGUUCCAUUUGCGUCCCUUGGUCCACUCUCCAGUGGUGUUGCCAUUACCACUUUCUCUGAUGCUGUUCCGUUCCUGACUUCUGGCAAGUUGCUGACCAACCACGGACUUGCGCUGUUGGUCUUGAAUCCACCGAGUGAUUUGCAGACACCCCUCCACUGGUCAACCAUCAGGUUUGCGGCCCACUGCAGCAUGAAUCAAGAACCCAUGCUGGUGUCAGGUGUGCUGGUGCAACUUGGACGCACCACCGUCUAUCAGUACACAGCGAAGGACAUCCCGGCCAUCUUGUCGGUUGAGGUUGCAUGUGCCAGGAUCACUGUCUUCCAAGACCAAUGGGAUGGUUCUUGGGAAGAGUUUGCAACCCGUCCUGUCAAACAUGUGCUGGCUGUGUUGACUUGCUUGCAGACUUGUCGCUCCAAGCCUGAUUGUCAGUGUUCGGCCUGGCAUCCUCCUGAUGGCCACACCCAUGAUGCUGUGCUUGAUGUGUUCCGCCGACAGUUCUUCAAUGAUGUUGGCCGAUCAGUGAAAUGGGACAAGGCCACCCACUUUGGUGUUCUGGUUCGGUAUGUCAAGGCCCUUGAGCAACAUGUCCUCCGUUCCAGUGGCCAACAUGGCAUCUUUGUGGAGCCCAAAACCGAAGAUGCUUUGAAGCCCCAUCCAGACUACCAGGUGGUCUGGCUCCCUCAGAUGGAUUUCAGUGCAGUGGCGCAUCAGGCCAAGUGUGAGCUGGAUUGCCUUGGAGUUGCUCGAUCAGGCAAACGCUUUGGUCUCCGGGUUCACAUCACCCAUUUCCAGCGGGUCUUCACCAACACAAAGCCAGAUGCUGUGUAUCUUGCCCCUGGCAGUCGCAUCACCUUUCAGUGUGGCCCCUGGCCCUUCGGCUCUGACCGCAAAGCCAUCGCUCGGAUCCUGAAAACUGGAGGCUGGGAAUGUCGACCAGUUCAACCUCUCCAUCAUGUCCCAGGAGGCCUGAUGUGGGCAGUUCAAGCUGUGACGGAGCCACCAGUUACGGUGCUUGCCAUGCAGCACGGCCAGGCAAUUUUGUCCAUCGUUUUGAUUUUGUCCUUGUAUCGAGUCGGCGAAGCACGUGUACCAGGGCCCGAUGCCCCAUGGAAGCUUGGGAUUUGCAAUCCCUCUGGAUUGCAGGGUAAGCACCACAUUUUGUCCAGCAUCGAUGCCGGUGUUGUCGCCGUCUCCGAGACACAUCUCACCAAGGUUGCCCGUCGCAACCUUGCCAUGUCCUUUCGGUCCACCAAUUCGAAGUUCAAACAUGUGCUGACUGGAGCUCCCCUUCUCCCCAGAUCUGAUGCCAGUGAUGCCGGAAGUUGGUCUGGAGUUGCUUUCACGUCGGCCUAUCCCUGCAGGUCACUUGCUGUUGCGUGGCCUCCUGACAUCUAUGAAACCAGCCGCAUCCAACUCAGUUCCUUCUACACCCCAGCAUCUUGGAUUUCUGGUGCGGUGGUGUACGGCUAUCCUGAAGGACGGACACACCCCAAUGCGCGUCCCAGGACAGAAAUGCUUUUGGAUUUUGCCUUGGAUCGACUUUUGCUCCAACCUGGGCCGCGGUUCAUGGCAGGCGACUGGAAUUUUCCUGUCGAAUCGUUACACAUCGUUGACAGGCUGCAUCAACUGGGCUGGGUUGAAGUCCAAGACUUGUGCCUCUCUCGGACCGGCCGACCCAUUGUCAAUACCUGCAAAGGUGCUACCAGAAAGGACUACCUGUGGCUUUCGCCCGAGCUUGCUCUUGGAUUUUUGGAUCUCCAUGUGGACUCCGAAACCUUUGCCGACCACGCUGUCCUUGUUGCGUCCUUUGUUGGUGGCCGUGCACACCUCGAACGUUUUGUUUGGCCGUGCCCUAAACCUGUUCCAUGGUCCAAGGUCUCUGUCAUGUCUGAGAGUGUGCCCUUUUGUUCCCCGCAUGACCCCACCCAGCAGUAUUCCAAGCUUUGGCACCAAAGAGAAUCCCAAGCUCAGCUUGACUUGGCUGAUGAAUGGAUGCCGGGUAUGGCGGGCAGGGCUGCACAAAUCAAGCCCAGACGGGUCACUAGUAGCCAAGUGCCCUUGAAGCAAGGACGUGCAGGCGACAUCCAGCCGGCCUUCUUUGGAUUUUCAGCAGUGCAUGCCAAACAGUUCAAGCAACUCCGCAGGCUGCAGAACUUCUGUCGGUGGGUUGACCAGCGUCCCCAAACUGGCAUUGUUGAUUGCUUGCAUGGCAUUGGACUUUGGAAUUCCAUCCUUCGGGCUCGGCAGAUCUUUGAUGCGGUGCUUGCUGAAGUCCGACUGCUGGAGCAAAGGUUGAACCAUGCCAGGGCUGCCCACCGAGUUGCCCAACAUGCCCAUGAUCGGCAUCUUGUGUUCCGGGAAGUUGCUCGUGACCCCCCUGAACCGGUUGAAACGUUGAUCCAUCGGGUUGAAGCUGAGGUUGUUCAUGUUGACUUGUCUGAGAGCGCUGUUGAACUUGCUGGCCCAAUCAGCCUUGACCCUUGUGAGACGUUGUGGAUUGCAGGCAAGGAACGCAAUGUUAUCCAUGCAGACCAUGACAAAGUUUGGCUUACUGAGGUGGAAGAUGUUCAUCCGAAGUCGAAGUUGGUGCAAUCCAGACAUGUGGGCGACCUGAAGGCCAUUUUUGAUGCUUUUCAUGAGCAGUGGCAAUUGCGUUGGUGCAAGCAUGAUGGAGUGCCUUUCUCACAUUGGUCUGAACUUGUGGCUUUUGCACAGCGGGUUAUUCGUCCUAACCGGCUGCCUCACCUUGUUGUUGAUGGUCCCUUGAUCCAAGCCGAAGGGGCACGCAAAAAGAAGAAAGCAGCCACUGGCCUUGAUGGUGUCAGCCGUGCCGAUCUUCUCUCGGCGGAUCCUUCCACCCUACAGAGCUUGGCCGAUCUUUACACACGUGCGGAAUCAGAUGGGCAUUGGCCUAGUCAACUUGUUGCGGGCAAGGUCCAUUCAUUGGCCAAAACAACCUCAGCUGCGUCAGUCGGUGACUACAGACCCAUCACAAUCUUUGGACUUCCAUAUCGCAUUUGGAGCAGUGUCCAGUCUCGAUACUUGCUGCGAUUUGCAGAAAGCUGGGUUGAUGAAAGUGUCUAUGGCAAUCGCCGUGGACGCCAAGCUUCAGACCUUUGGACUUUCUUGGUGCAUGAGAUCGAGAAUGCGUACGCCACUUCCACUCCUUUGGCUGGCGUUUCGGCUGACUUGGUGAAAUGCUUCAACUGCGUUCCUCGGUUUCCUGCGUUGUGCCUUGCGGUUUUGGUUGGAACACCGGAUGCCGUCACCACGGCAUGGAGCGGCGCUUUGGCUCAGAUGUGUCGUCACUUCAAAGUGCGUGACUCCUACUCGGAUGGAUUUCUGACCAGCACUGGACUUGCUGAGGGCUGCGGCUUGAGUGUCUAUGGCAUGCUUCUGGUUGACCACCUUUUUGCGUGUUGGAUGCGGGUGCAGGCUCCCUCCAUUCGGUGUUUGACUUAUGUUGAUGAUUGGCAGACAUUGACGAUGGAUCCCAAUUUUGCCAUUCGUCAACUUGACCUUGUGGAGCAGUUUGCCAGUUACCUUGAUCUCACUGUCGAUCGCCGCAAGACUUUUGGAUGGGCCACCUGCCCCAACAUGAGGCGAAUCAUGCGGGAAGGAGGUAUCACUGUCUUUCACCAUGCCCGUGAGCUUGGAGGCCAUUUUGGAAUUUCCAGGCAAUACACAAAUAGCACCCUCACUGAUCGGCUUUCCAACCUUGAUUCCUUUUGGGACAAGCUUCGCCUUAGCAAAGCUCGGUACCCUGCCAAGCUGUUUAUGCUUCGAGCAGUUGCGUGGCCACGUGGGCUCCAUGCUGUCUCUAGUGCUCCUGUCGGAGAUCAAAUUUGGCUCCAAGUGCGUAGAAGCGCGGUCAAAGCGCUGGGCUGGCAGAAACCAGGUGUCAACCCGGCAGUCCUUCUUGGCAUGGUUGAGUACAUGGUUGACCCGCAGUUUGUUGGCUAUCUUUGGACUUUUCGUGCGUUGCGCGUGCACAGCCCGGUGGAGUUUUGGGCGUCUGUUGUUGCCCCGCUGGCGCAUGGAGACUUGGACUUGCCUCCCAACUCCCCUGCGGCUGUUGUUCUCCACCGCAUUCAUUCCCUUGGAUGGUCCGUGCAGCGUUCCGGCCAUGUCAGUCUCGCUCAUGUGGAUCUAAGAGCCACACGUCAAGCUCUGCAAAGCUUGCCAGUUGAUGACCAAGCACUCUAUCGUUUGAGCCUUGCGGGCGGGCUGUUCACUGAGCGGUACAAAGCCAAAUGGACCGACAAACCAGACACCUGUCGAUGGUGUGGGGCCUCAGAUACCUUGCGGCAUCGUUACUGGGAGUGUCCUCAACACCAUGACCUCCGGACUGCUUUGGCUCCUGACGUUCCAGCCGUGUUGGACUUUCUUCCACCUGCCCUUGCGCUUCGUGGAUGGGCACAGCUUCCACCUACCUGGCACACCUGGACUCAACUCCUCUUGGACUUGCCUUCCGAUCCCCCAGUGCCGUGGACUUCCCUGGACUCUGGCCGUUGGACUGACCUGUUCACUGAUGGUUCCUGUCUGUGUCAGUCGAACCCCCUGCUGCGUUGUGCUGCAUGGUCGGUUGCUGUGGUUCCACCCUUUCAAGCCGAGUGGGCUCCUGGACAGGUGCAGAUGCUUGCCGCCUCAUACCUACCUGGGUUGUGCCAAACCGCCUACAGAGCAGAACUGUAUGCUGUUGCCUAUGGUCUUCAUUGUGCAGCAGCGACAAACACACCGGUGCGUAUCUGGACAGAUUGCAAAGGAGUGCUUUUGAAGUUUCAUGCAUUGGUGCGAGGCCACAGCAGACUCAAUCCCAAUCGAAGCAAUGCAGAUUUGUGGACGUGGGUUUUGCAAUCAGUUGACAGGCUUGGGAGCGAGAAUGUGCAGCUGUUCAAGGUGCCGGCUCACCGCGCUCUGCAUAGCGCUACCAGCCGUAAGGAAGCGUGGAUGUUUUUUCACAAUGACUAUGCGGACAAGGCGGCCAGACUUGCAAACCAGUCAAGGCCCAGUGGAUUUUGGCAGGUUUGGGAGCGACAUGCAAGUGCAGUUGUGACAGCCGACAAUCUGUUUCAUCAGGUGCGGGAUUUACAGCUUGCAGUUGGAAGGCGACAGGUUCAGGCCAGCGUCAAUGUUGCCGCAGAUCCUGAGCCUGAACCUGUUCGCUCUACGAGAGUUUUUGUCAAGGAGUUUUCCCUGGGACAAUGGACGGGAGACAUUCCUGCACAGGUUGCACGCCUUUUUGGGCUUGACAUUGUGCGGAAAGCUAUUGCUUGGUUUCGUGCUCGAGUUACAACUGGCGCUGGAGGAACCCUGGAAUGGAUCUCGUUUCAUCAGCUCUACAUUGACUUCCAGCUCACAUGGGGACACCCAGGACCGAUCAAGGUCCAACAGCAGUGGGUGGACGCCGCCAUGCGUCCGUACCUUGCCCCGGAAGCGUUUUCCAGCAGGGUUCGGGUACGUUGGUUCCGGCAGAUGAUGAAAGCAAUUUGGCAAUCGACUGGUGUGGCCGUGGCUCUCCAACAAUGUAGGCCGAACUCCAAUUUGCUGCAAGCGUAUCUGCCUUCUGCAUCGUUACCCUGGGACACACGUGCGGUGCAGGAAGUUGAGACCUGGCUGUCGACGGCCUUGACGCGGCCGUGCACCCGUGAUGCAGGGGUGCUCAAGAGCCUGCCCUUAGCAGCUAAGCUGGUUCGGAUGCAGGUGCCCGAAGCGUUUCUGGCCUUCGCGGAGAUGGACUUUUGGAGCCGUUGCAGGCUUUUUCUCAGAGUGUUGCACCCCUACAGCAGCUCCGUGCUGCUCUCCCUGGAACAAAGUCCGGCCAUUCGCAUGAAACUCAAGGCUGAUGUGAUGUUUGGUAUUUUGGCAGCGCUGGUGGAAGUUGUGCCAAGCGCCCUGGCGGUCUCCGCCUUUUUCUUCGCCCUGACGGAGUCCGGCACCAGCUUCGCCAGCCCAGAGGCCUGCGCGCAGAGCAGCAUCUCCCCGUGGAGGUUUGUCCUCAUGGGUUUCUUCUCAGCCUCCUUCGUGAGCAUCCCUGUGUCUCUGAUGUCGUACUUCUGGCAACGAUCCUUCGUAGAUUCCGCCAGCUCAGUGAAUGUGCUGCAGAGACACUUGUGGCGAUGGCGGCUUCAGGACUGUUUCAUGUGGAUCUUCAGCUUUUGCUACACCAUCUUUUGUUGCGUUUACGUCGCGCUUUUCAUCGCCAACCUCAAUGGAAAAGACCAUUGGAAAUGGAUCUUGACAUUCCUCACCAUCAUUUUGCGCCUGUCUCUGCUGCAACCGCUCUUCCUGGCGCUGCUGCUGGCGGCCUGCGCCACUGUGGUGCACCGCAGGAUGCCCAAGUUCUUCAGUGAAGGACACCCUGGGCUGCACUUCCAGGUGCAACUGCCUGUGGCGCAGGGCAAGGUCAAGGACCUAGCUUCGCGUAGCGUCUCAGUGGCUGAUCUCCUGCAUUUCUGGGAGAAGAUCGCAGAGAAGAUGCCGCACUUUGAUGAAAGUGCCACGACCCAUGACGUGGUGAGGCAGGUGGUGAUUCCGAUGUCGAAGGCUGAGCCGCCUGAAGCCUCUUGCGCCUAUGCGACGAUGCUGGCAGGAGGAAACUAUCGACCACCCGACGUCAUGGUGACGCACAACUGGGGCAACAAGUUCUCCCAUCUCUUGGCCGCCAUCCUGUCGGAGGCCCUGGCCCACCGGACCUACGAAACCACCGCACGGCUGCUGGCGCAAAAGCAGACCGCGAUUCUGCAGGAAGAACUGCGUACGUCGCUACUCCGACGCUAUUGGAUCUGCUGUUUCUGUGUGAAUCAGCAUGCGAGCAUUUGUGACACCGGACCUGCACAGGAUUCCAUGGGAGUGCCGAUUGUGAAGUGCAGCUGCGGAGUGGCGAAGCACUGGAGCGGGGCACACUGUGAGAUGGACAAGUUCGAUGAGAUGAUCGGAUUUUUGGCAGCCGUGGUGCCCAGCUUUUGCCAGGUCGUGGCUGUUGACAUGAACUUCAUGGUCUUCACGCGUGUGUGGUGUAUUGCAGAGCUCGUGGAGGCGCGACAUCAUCGCCUGCAGCAGUUUCCCAUCGUCCACUCCGAGAGUUCCUUACAGAAAUCCAUGCAGACCGUGACCUCCUUGGACGUGCGCAAUGCCGAGGCCUCGGUGCCGGCAGACAAGGAUCGAGUCUUGGAUAAGAUUCAUGACUUCGACCUUUUCAACGAGGACCUGAAGGACCUGUUACUCCACCGAGAGGUGGGUCUCCUGUCGCGUCUUUCAGUGGAGCUCUGCAGCGAGGCCAUCGGGGCCCGAGAGGCGCUGGAGGCCGCGACGCAGCUGGCGGUGGAUCUGCUGCCGCUGCCGGGCUGCGCGGAGUGA